UCUUUCCCCAUCCAUCACUCAAUUUCAAACUCUGCAAAAUUCCAUCUUCUCCGACAUCGAAAACCCACAUAGCAAUCGCAAAAUUGGAGAUGGGUUUUCAAAAAGAAGAGAAAUCAGUGAGGAUUUUGAGGGCUUUGAAGACCCUCUUCUUCUUAAUCACCAUGUUCAUGUCUCUGCUUUUCUUCUCAGCUCCAAUUCUUCUCGCCAUUGCCGAUGCGCUUCUUCCUUCUCUUCUUCUCUCCGCCCUCCUCUUCCCCGAUUCUCUCUCCUUCAAAUCUCUCUCUUCCCAUCUCCAAACCUACGAUUUUGGUUCAUCCCUUGUUGAUAUUCCGCUCAUCUCCAUUUCCAGAUCCGCCAUCAUCAUCUGUUUUUACAGUUUGUGCGAUGGGCCGAAGCUAUCUCGAGGGCCAUACUUAGCGGCGGCAAUGGCUUGUUCUUCGACAUCUCUGGUUUUUGUUUCGGUGAAAGCCUUGUUCAUGUUUGGUGAGAUGAGGAUUGAGCAAGCAGGGGCCAUGGAAAUGGCUCUGUUUGGUUGCUCUCUGGUUUUGGCUGUCGGCCACAUCGCUGUGGCCUACAGAACCAGCUGCCGACAAAGAAGGAAGCUUCGGGUUUUCCAAAUCGACAUUGAAGCUGUUGCAGCCUGCCAUAAAGGGUUUCCAGAGUUGAAAAAUAGCAUUUUGGAAGGUAAAGCUGUAGAGUAAUUCAUGGAAGGCAUGUUAGGUUGCAGACGACAUGUCGGAUUGGCUAGGAGCAGAUAAAUCGGAUAAGUUAAGGAUGUGUAUAUAUGGAGUUU